UGGCAAUAUUACUUAAGUUAUAAAAUUUUUUUAUAGAUUACGUUGCUAGGGAAAAGUGAAAUUUAGUUAACAUUAAUUUAAGAAAAAUAAGAAUCAAAUUAUAGUUUGAUAUCAAACUAAGCAUAAAGUUGAUGAACACCACUAAAUAUUAUGUCUUUUAAUUAUGCCAAUUUGGGCCAACAAGCCUUGGAAAAUCUGUUACCGAUGUUUAGUUCAAUGGCCAAUAGUGUUGUUAUGCCAAAUCAUGGCAAUUUCAUGAACCAUUUUACUUCCGCAGUGACAAGUGCAAGUGCGUCCACAAGACCAUUCAGUGCCAACAAUAAAUCAAAUAAGUCUUUAAAUUCAGCUACAAUGAUAACAAGUUCAAGGCGUACUCCAGAUCCUCCGCCGGCUCCACACAUAAGUCCCUUAAAUAAUGCAAAAGCCAACAAGGGACCCGUACCAAUGGAUUUGGAAAAUGAUUUAGAAAGCGAAACACCAACAACAACAUCGGGUGUUACCUCUACAACGUCAACUGAUAACAUGGUUGUGAAUAUGCAAAAUGCUAAUCUAUACUUAAAUAGUUUGAUGGCCGGAAACAUGGCCAUGAAUACCGGAUUCAUGUUUUUUCCUACGGCAACUGCAACAACAACCACAUCUGCCUCAGGCGGUACAUCGAGUAGUCCGCUAAUGGAUCCAGCCUCAAUUAUGGCCGCCGCAAUGCAACAAAUGCAACAAAACUAUGCUGGUUAUGCUCUAACGGAAACUGCUAAUGCUAUUGAUAAUGCUAAACUUCCAUUAACAACAGAUAAUGCAAACAAUGCAUCUGCCACGUCUGCCAAAGAGGUUAUUAAAACAAAAAGUUGCAUACUAUUACCUCCCAAUCCCAAUGCUCCUCCGCCGACUAUACGCGAAAGGCCACCCGGUUGUCGAACAGUGUUUGUGGGGGGUUUGCCCGAAAAUAUCACUGAGGCAAUUUUACGAGAGAUAUUCGAGAGCUGCGGGGAAAUAACGACAUUAAGGAUGUCUAAAAAGAACUUUUGUCAUAUACGUUUUCGCGCAGAAGAAUCUAUUGAUCGUGCAAUCUUUUUAAGCGGCUAUCGAGUACGUUUGGGCAGUACUAACGAACCGGCAAAUUAUGGUCGUUUACAUGUCGAUUAUGCCCAAGCGCGGGAUGAUCAAUAUGACUACGAGUGCAAACAACGUCAAUUGCAGCGUGAACAACGUCAUCGGGAACGUAGAUCCCACGAACGUUCACGCUCAGAUUCUCCACCACCUAUACCACAUUAUUCCGACCAUGAGGCUUCAGUGGUGGCCGAAAGUUUGCGCAGUGACGAAACAUUUAUCAAAGCAAUACAAACAAUAACUGUUUGGCUGGAACGAGGUGAUUGUACUAAACGUAAUGCGAACGUCUUCUAUUCAAUGAUUCAAAGUACUCAUGCCCACGUACGGCGGUUAACUGGUGAUAAGCAACAACUGGAAGACGAUUUACGAAAAGCACGCGAAAGUUACCGAAAACAAAUGCUAACUAUGUCUGCACAGUUCACUCAGAUUGAAAAAGUGUUCAGUGCUGCUAGUCACAAGAAGGUUUGGGACCAUUUCACCAAAGCCCAAAGAAAAAACAUCGACCAAUGGAAAAAACUGGCUACGGAGUUGCGUAGCAUACAAAUCGAAGAUGACGAAAUGGAAAUGUCGGAUGAAGAUCGCGAUUACUACUGUCAAAUGCCUGCCUCGAAACGGAAACGUUAUGAAAGCGAUCAUCUCAGAGAGGAAAAUGAUUCUUUGCGUUGUCAACUCGAAGCCAUACGUAAUGAGAUGAGUUUAGAGCGUACCGAUCUGAAGUACAAUAGCGAAUUUCGCGAGAAGCAAAUCAAAGUGCUACAGGAGACCAUACGCAAUAUGCAGACACAAUUAUUGCAAACGAAAAUGCGUGAACAGAAGGAUAAUAAAAUUAUCGAACAGUUGGAGAAACGAUUGAAGGAGGCUGGUGUUAAGCAAUUGCUGCUGAAAACCAAAAUACGUGAGACGACCGAAAAGCUGAAGGAUCGCGAACAGUCUAGCGUGAAUUCGGAAACGAGCGAAUUUUGUGAAUUAGAAGAAGCGGAGAAAAAUCGAAAUGUAGAUAAUUCGGAAAUUAUCGACAUUGAUGUGGAUAAAAGUGAUGACGAGGUGAAGAUCGUGGAAGAAUUUAAUAAAACAGAGCAAGGCCAAGCCCAGCAGGAAAUAUCAAAAGAAUUGAAAGCGCCGAAAUGCUUAACUACCAAUACUAAGCCAAUCAACUUAAAAAGUUUAAAUAAAAGAGUGCAAGUGGAAACUGAAACUCAAACCACAAGCGCAGAAUUUGAGACCAAAGCCUUACCUUUAGAUGAAGCCCAACUUAUAGCUUUGACAACCGCCUUUCUAUUAGUGCAACCAUUAGGUUGUAAAUCGGAUACUAUUUGUUCAUAUAUAAUCAAUCUAACAAAGGACCCAUGUUUACAAGCUUGUCAUUUGAAUUCGGUGCUAAAAAAGUAUGAAAGACUUUUUCAAAUUGACACAAACAUAAACAACGAUAUUAUUAGCGAUUCCGAUAUUGUUUGGAAAUUUUGUGGACUCUUAAAACAAUAGAUUUGCAAGCGAAAUGAACACACACAUACAUACACACACACACACACACACACAAGCACGCAGAGGGAGAGAGUUUAAAGUGAUUAAUUUUUUUAUUUAUUUUAUUAUUAUUAUUAUUAUUGCAAUUUGUAAUUAAAAGCUAGUUUUCGAGACAUUUUUGCAUUAGACUCUUGCACCAUUAUGGCUAAAAUGUAGAUUAAUGUAAUAUGCGAGCCUUAAGAUUAUUAUAUACCUACCACUUUAGACUCACCUUCCGAGCUGAAAUAAGCUGCUUUAUAAACUUUGAUGUCGUUCUGACACAAUUUAAUUUGAAAUUUGGCGGUUAGACACACCUUGACAUCAACGAAAGAAUAUUGAAUUUGAAAAUAAUUUAAAUGCAAUUAUUCUUUGAAAUUCUUUUUGUAUGUAUAGUAGUAACUGAUUUUCUAUUAUAGCGAAACAUAUUUAUAAUAAAAUUAUUUUUGAAUGAAAUUGAAUCUAAAUUUUGAAUAUAAAAUUUUAACAAUACAAUCUAAGAAUUAGUUAAGAAUCUCAAACUGAUUGCUUUAAAUGCUGAUGCAUUAUUAAAAUUUUGUAAAUGCAAGGAUGUACGAAAUCUGAAUUAACUACAAUUAGCGACUUGAAGAUUGCUCCCAAUUUAUCAUGUAUUUGUAGAAUAUUAACAAGUUUUAUUUUGUGCACAUAAGAACAAAUUAGAG